AAUAGAGGAACAAGAGAGAGAGAGAUCAUUCUUGGUUUCAAUUCUUCUGUUCAUCGGUUCCUUCGCUUUCUUUUUCACCUUUGACCUUACUUACACCCGUCGAGAGAGAGAGUGUCCAUUAUCAGCUUCUUGCAGAUCUCUCACAAACACAAUCUACAGUGAGAGAGAGAGAGACUCAUUUGUACGUAUCCAAGAGAGAGACCCGUAUCAGAUUCUUGCAGAUUCUGUUGGAAUUUCAAAACUAGAGAGGAGAAGAAGAGGAGAGAGAGAGAGAGUCAUUACUAGACAGGCCACAGACACAUAAAGAGAGAGACCCUUAUUAGAUUUCAUACAGAUUCUCAGAAAUUCAAACCGAGAGAGAGAGAGAGAGAGAGAGAAUGUUCGCGGCAGAGAACGGGUUGAAAGGAGAUCCGAGGCUGGAGGCCAUAUCGGCGGCCAUUAGAGUGGUGCCUAACUUCCCAAAGAAAGGAAUCAUGUUUCAGGACAUCACUACGUUGCUGUUGGACUACAAAGCGUUUAAGCACACAAUUGAUAUCUUUGUCGACCGGUACAAAGACAUGCAUGUCUCUGUUGUUGCUGGAGUUGAAGCAAGAGGGUUCAUGUUCGGUCCAUCCAUUGCCUUAGCUCUGGGCGCAAAGUUUGUUCCUUUGCGUAAACCCGGAAAGUUACCCGGGAAUGUGAUAUCGAAAUCGUACGACCUCGAGUACGGACACGACUGCUUAGAGAUGCACGUUGAUGCGGUCAAGGCCGGAGAACGAGUGAUCGUUAUCGAUGACUUGGUCGCCACCGGAGGCACUCUGUCUGCUGCCAUUAGCCUUCUGGAGAGCGUGGAAGCUGAAGUUGUGGAGUGUGCUUGCGUUAUUGGCUUGCCUGAAGUCAAGGGGCAGCACAUGCUGAAAGGGAAGCCUCUCUACGUUCUCGUGGAACCAAGUGGACUCGAUGACCACUUGUGUUAGGAUCGUGUUUUGUUUCAGUUUUGGUGGUUGUAAGCCCUCAUUUCUUGUAUCCUGGCUUUGCAUCUUUCGACAGAGUUUUAGGACAAUGUGUACGGACAUUUGCAGUGAUUGGUCGGAAAAAAAAGACCGUGUUGGUUUUU